GGGAGCAGCUGAAGGCAGAGACAACUGGUGUGCACGGCUUUCCCAAGAGGAAAUGAAAAGAAAGAAGCUCAGCGAGGAGAGUGAAUGAGUGAGCGGGAGAGAGGAAGGGUGGGAGGGAGCAUGCCGGCUGGAGAGAGAGAGAGAAAGAGAGAGAGCAAGAGAGAUGGAGUGAGAGAGAGAGCGAGAAAGAGAUUCUCACACUGGCUGUGUCCUAAUCCGAGUCCAUCUCCAAGAAGCAGCGGAGCAGAGUGUUAGUGAAGUGAGUCUGAGAGCCAAGGAGAGCUACAUCAGCUAGCUCCACUCACAUACACACACGCGCACACACACACACUCUUUCUAGCUCUCUCUUUUACUCACACACACAUACACUCUUGCAACGGGAGUCCACGAUGUGUCCGGCAGCGCGGCCACGGCUUUUGUGAAAGUGAGGGGAUUGACGCUGCCCCUGUCCCAACCCCCUUGGCUCACACACACGGUGUUUGUUUGCUGUGUUUAAGCUCGAGGUACUGGUGGAGUAGGAGGUGGUGGAGGAGGAGGAGGUGGUGGUGGUGGUGGGGGGGCACCGCCAGGGCAGAGCAGGGGCAUCGGAGAAGAGGAGAAGAAGAAGAAGAAGAGGAGGAGGAGGAGGAAGAGAGACAAAGUGGAUCAGAUCAACAGCAGCAGACUGAACGCUGGAAAUGCCCGUCAGGUCUGAGUCUGUCACAUCCUCAGCCAAUCAGAGCCUUCGUUAACAGCGGCGUCGGCACGUGAUUGGGAGAAGGAUGGCAACCAUGCCAUUUGUCAGCGAGGGGAAGUGUGUGAGUGUGGAGUGGGAUUUCCUACAAGGACUACUGGCCAAGCCUCCCACCCUGCCCUGUCUCCAGAACCUGCGCAAAGAGAAGUCUCGCAAUGCGGCUCGUUCUCGACGGGGGAAGGAGAAUUUUGAGUUUUUCGAGCUGGCCAAGAUGCUACCCCUGCCUGGGGCCAUCACCAGCCAGCUGGACAAAGCCUCAGUCAUCCGGCUGACCAUCAGCUACCUGCAUAUGCGCACCUUUGCCAGCCAGGGGGACCCGCCCUGGAGCCCUCUGCUGGAGGGCGACAGCAACUGCAGCAAAGUAAGGCGGUCAUCUCAUUCUCUGGCCACUGACAUGUUUGAGCAGCACCUAGGGGCGCACCUCCUGCAGUCUCUGGAUGGCUUUGUGUUCGUGGUCAGUCAGGAGGGCCGGUUCCUCUACAUUUCAGAGACAGUUUCUAUCUACCUGGGACUCUCACAGGUGGAGCUGACCGGCAGCAGCGUGUUCGACUACAUACACCCAGCGGACCACGUCGAGAUGGCAGAGCGGCUGGGAAUCAGGCCGCAUCUGAGGGCUGAGGCCGGCUGCCACACGGCCCCCGAGAGCGCCUCCAGCUCCGCAUCCACCUCCUCCCUGGCUGGUACCCCUGAGCCAGCUCCGUCUAGUCCUCAUUCUCCAGCCGACGACCCUCCCGACCGCGGCUUCUUUAUCCGCAUGAAGUCCACGCUCACCAAAAGAGGCCUGCAUGUCAAGUCUUCUGGAUACAAGGUAAUCCACGUGACAGGACGAAUCCGCUGCCGUCCUGCGCUCGUGCCGGGCUCCACGCGCUCAGUGCGUCGACCAAUGGGUUUGGUGGCCCUGGCGCACACACUCCCUCCCUCCACGCUUAACGAAGUCCGCAUGGAGAGCCACAUGUUUGUCUUCCGAGUGAACAUGGACCUACAGGUCACAUACUGUGAGAACAGGAUCUCAGAGUAUAUGGAUCUGACCCCAGCAGAGGUGGUGGGACAUACCUGUUACCACUUCAUCCAUGUAGAAGACCUGGAAAACCUUCGGCAAAGCCAUGAGGACUUGCUGAGGAAAGGCCAGGUAGUGACAGGUUACUACCGUUGGCUCCAGAGGAGAGGCGGCUACCUGUGGAUCCAGUCCACUGCCACCGUCUCCAUCAACCACAAAGCCCCUCACGAACGCAACGUCAUCUGGGUCAACUAUGUCCUGAGUCGAACAGAGUUGCCCGACACUCCCCUGGAUCUGCUGCAGCUACCAGAGAGCGUGAGAGCAGAGAGACUUCGGGUUAGCUCCUCUCCCACCGACAGCUCCUCACAGGCCCGAGGCUCACAGACAGCGAAGGGCUCAGCGGGGAAGAGUGACCCCGACACUAAAGGCAGAGAGAAGUUCACACCCGCUGCCAUCCAAUCAGAGGACAGGAGGAAACGCCUGCUGAGGUCCGACCCAGAGGGCGCUCCUCCUGAAACCCGCCGCAGAAUGGAGGACCUGCGUCACACCGAGGAGAGCGUAUCGGCAUCCUCGGACCUGGCAAGCGAAAGCGAGGGGGAGGAGGAGGAAGAAACGGAGUGGGACCAGGGGGGAGACAGUGACAGACUGAAACAGGAAGACGGUGGGGGAGGAGGUAAACAGAGCAGGGGGGGGGACACCCCGACCAGAGGGGAGAGAGGUGGGAGGGCGCACAACGGUCGGGCUGUGAUCCAGCAGCUGAAGAGCGUUGUGACCCCGUCUCCACUGUCCGGCAGCCCCAGCAUCAAGACUGAACAUGACUCCCUGACGACCGGGGGGCGCUGGGGGUCACACACGCAAACCUCCACCACACACACCGCCCAGCCCCAACCCUCACACGCACACACGCCCUCCAGCAGUCUCAACGGCGACAGCCCCACCACCCCGAUUCCCGACUCCUCUUCCAGCAGCGAGGCCCCUCCAAAAGGUUUGUUCACUCCCCCGUCCCCUGCUUUGUCUCCGGCCAUGUCCGUGUCCUCCCCUCUGCCCCGUGAGGAGAGGGCCGUCCCAGGGGUGGUGAGCCGGGGCAGUGGCGGCAGCGGAGUAGGUAGCGGUCCUGACUUCGAGCUGCUCCAGAGACUGGCUGCAGGUGGCGCUGCGGGCCGGGUCCUCUUUCACCCCCUUGCCCUCGGCCCCCAGGGCCCUCAGAGCCUCUACGCCCCCAGCACUAUCCGUUACGCUCCACCUGAGCUGCCUCCCUCCCACCACCACAGCGCGGGACACAGCGAUGGCCUGCAGCUACGCUCGGACCACCACAAGGGACCCCCGCCAGCCUUCUUCCCCCACCUACAGCGGCUGGCCGGCCUGCCACCCUUCAGUGGUUUCUCCCCGUCUGACAGCCCUUUCUCCUCCGGCCUGCCCUUCUGUAUGAAUGGACUGAGGGGGGCUGCAGGCUCUGAGGAGGACUGAGAGUCCAGGGGGGAGGAGGUGAGAGGAGAAGAUAAAAAUGAAGGACGGAGCGGGGUGACAGAACAGAGAGAAAGACAUUGAAAAGGGCAGGACAGACAGAAGUGGCAGGACAUUAAGCCUCUAAGGACGUUACUAAUUGGACAAUGAGUUGAAUAACUGAGAUCUAAAGAAUGUGACAAGUCGCUGCCAUAGGGAAUUAUUCCGUCUGCCUACUAUGGACAAGUGACAGUGACUCUCAGAGAAAACGGAACAUGGAAACUUUUGACUGGUUGUCCCCCAAGAUUUUCCUUCUCUGCAACAAUAAUGAACUCUGAUCUGUGUCUUUCUCUAGAUGACUGUGUUGAUUUCUGUGUCUCUUCCACUCAGAGAAGCCAUAUUGUAUAUAGAGACAAAACCAUAAAGACCCUCAGCUCACACCCUCCUCACUGUCACCCCAAUUAACCCAAUUAACCCCUAAAGACAGUAGAAAGAGUUGGUUACUCGUCUGUAGGAAUGGAAGUGACUUUGGAAUAUGAAUUUUUAUUACUGCAGUAUUCAAAUCAUCUCUUACGCUGAGAUUCCAGGUGAGAAUAUGAUUAUAGGGUUUCCCGUGAAAUAGAUGGAGACAGCCCUCUGGUGUUUUUGUAUUGAGAUUCAAAAAAAAAUAAUAAUAAUAAUAAUGCUGAAAAAAUCAAGUAUUCAUCAGUCAGCCAUACUUAAAGCACACUGUUGGGGACAAAAAUAUGAAUAAUGUAGUCCCAGACAUUCCAUUAUAUAUAUAUGUAAGGGAAGAAGAUGCAAUGCAGACUGGACGCUAUUUCUGUUGUUUGAUCAUAGGAAGUUCAUUUGUUUAACUAAGUAUUAAUUAUAGUAUAAUCUGUAUGAUGCUGCGAUUGCGUUUGUGUAUGAAAGCCAUAUUCUUCUUUUUUAAUUUUUAAAAAGUUUUUAUUGAUUUUUUUGAACCAGAUAAAAUGGAUGAAAGAAUGGUGUGAAAAAUUAGUUUAGACAGAUAAGAUAACAUUGUUUUAUUGGAUGAACAAAAGCAUCCAAAUACCUUUUUUUUAAUUAUUUUUUUCUGAAAAUGUUUUUAGGAGGGGAAAUGUUGCUGGACAGAAGUGUUUGUAUUAUGGUUUAAACCUCUGUGUUUUUCUGAGCACUUACUGGAAUUUGUUCUGGUGUGAACUCAAAGCACUUCAUCACUUAACACUCGCUGUGUGAUCCUGUUAAAACAGAAAACAAUGCAAGAGUGGUCACUAGUAUCAUAGCCUGACUACAGUGUAGUAGAGGGGAUAAAUGCUCAUUUAAAAAGGCAGGUAAAUAAACAGACCACACAUGGUCAUUAAAAGACGACCAUUAGAGGUCAAUAAAAAUAAACCAGAAUUAUUCUGACAGUGGUUUCAGUUCAAUUCAGUCAACUGGAAAUAAAGUUUUAAAUUAAAAAGUGGAAAUAUAAAACACUUUAAAUGUCUGUGUCACACCGAUUGGUUUGAAUUCCUCUCAGGACUGUAAAAAACUAAACAAAACAAAACACUUUUAUAUGGGGAAAAAACAGUUUUUUAAAUUAGUGCUCAGAAUAUUUCAUCUCCCAUUUGAACUGAGGUUAGUCUAAGAUGAACUCAAACAGUUUUCAAUCCCAAGUAUGAUUUGUAACAUUUGAAAAUCUGACAAUUUUUGAUGAAAUGCAUAAAAAAGGAUUAUUUAAAAAAUCAUGAGGAUAGUCACAUUUUUAAUAAUCGACAAUAAAAAGACUGAGAAAUAAACAGAUAAUUCUCUAGCACUUUGGAAAAAUAGUCCCACAUAUUGAUUUGAAAUUUAUAGAAUCUGUUGAAAAAUCAGUCAGAGUGAGACUGAGAAUUGUCCCAAACUGAGAUUAUGGUUCACUGUCUGAUCUGAGGACUCGGCUUAUGUGGAAAUCUUAGACAUUCUGAUAUCUGAAAAGAAGAAGGAAAAAUUCUAAUUGUUCUGAUUCGAUGUGCACUACACACCCAUACUGUAGCUGUCACAUACAAGGAUGUGUGAGCGCACAUAUUCUCGGGUGUUUAAUGGUAUAAUGUGUGCGUAUGAAUGCGUGAGUGUGCGUUUGGGCUUGUACAAGUGUGUAUGUUUGUUUUUUUGUUUGUUUUUUCUUUUUGUUGAAUUAAAUAGCUAACCCCUCACCCAUCACUGUGAAUCUAAUGUUAUCCUCCCAUCUUUGUGAAUACUCCCACCCACUCAUCCAAUAAAAUGAACAAAUGUAAAAAGAAAAACAGUGAUACAGAUGAUGAUAACAAUAAAAUAUUCCAGUAGAGGAGC